AUGUCUGAGAAUCCCAAACCAAAGCCAAGAACAACAAGUGAAUCUGAAUUUGAAACACAUCAUGAUAAAAAUGAUCUGAAUUUAGCUUCAGAAUUUAGAGCAAACUUUGCCACAAAUGAUCCACCAAAUGCAACUUCAUCAUCUUCAUCUAAUAAAGUUAAUAGAAAACCACAAUCAUCGCCGUUAUUAUCAUCAACUCCUCCACUGGUUUCAAAAGCACUAAUAAAAGCAUAUCCUUAUUUAUUAAUUAUAAAUAAAGUAUUAUCAAUUGCAACUUGGACUAAUGAAGAUUAUUGGGUAAAUGUAGUAAUAUUAUGUUUAUAUUCAUUUGCAGUUUUAUAUUUUGAAAAUAUAGUUACAUGGUUAGGUCAUAUAAUAAUAGUUUUAAUCAUAACAUUAUAUGCUUUAUUAAAUAAUAAAAUAAUAGAAGAAACUAAUUUACAUCCUACAUUAGAUGAUGUUGUACAAGCAUUAACUUCAACACGUAUUAAAGCUGAUAUGUUAUUGAUGCCUAUAACUUCAUUAUCAUUAACAGCUUAUGAUAUUAAAAGAUUAUUAUUUACAACUUUAUUCCUUACACCAAUCUAUUUAAUUAUAACAUUUUUAUUAAUUAAACCAAGAAUAUUAUUAUUACUUACUGGAUUAUUUCUUAUGACUUAUCAUUCAUCAUAUUCCAUAGUUAUACGUAGAAUAAUUUGGAAAAUAAAAUUAGCAAGAUUAAUAUGUUUUUAUUUAACUGGUCUUGAUUUAUCACAAACUAAAAAUCAUUCAUUAUUUGCUGCAGCUUUUGCAAAAGUUCAAAAUAAUACUACUGAUGGCAAAACAUCAUCAAAACCUGUUAGAUUUACUUAUGUUAUUUAUGAAAAUCAGAGAAGAUGGUUAGGUAUUGGAUGGACAUCAAAUUUAUUAUCAUAUGAAAGAACUCCAUGGACAGAUGAAUUUUUAAAUGAAAGUAGUUCUAUUGAAAGUUUUAAAUUACCAAAUGCUAUAGAUGAUGUUAAUUUACCAAUUGAUUCAAAAUUACAUGGAGCUGAUUGGAAAUGGGUUGAUAAAACUUGGAGAUUAGAUUUAACAAAUGAUGGAGCAAUAACAUUACCAAAUUCAAAAAGAUCUAAAACUACUGCAAAUCCAUCAAUUGAUGAAGGAUAUCUUUAUUAUGAUAAUGUAUGGAAAAAACCUUCAACAGAAGAUACUUUUUCAAAAUAUACAAGAAGAAGAAGAUGGAUUAGAACAGCAGAAUUAAUUUAUGAAGAUAAUAAUAAUAAUAGUAGUACGAAUACUAAUAAUAGUAUAAAUACCGAAGAAAUUGAACCAAAAAAGAAAAAUUUAAGGUUUGCUGAUACUGAAACUGAAGUUGUAGAUAUAAAAGAAAUUGAAGAAAAUGAAAAGGAAAUUGACCAUGAAAAUGAAAAUGAAAAUGAGAAUGAGAAAGAUGUAAAAGUUGAAUCAGUUGAUAUUGUUGAUAAGAAGAAUGUUUGA